AUGACCAUCGACGACCACUCUCGUCCCAGCCGUGCCGACUAGACUUACCUCGGGAAGUGCAUCGUCGCGGCCAGUUCUGAUGGCGCCGCAUCUCAGCUUGCGAGUCCAUCGCCCGUGUGGCAGCUAGUGCCAUCGCCGAGAAGUGGCUAGCUGAGACCUACGGCAUCGAGAUCGUUGCCUUUGCCAUUUCAGUCGGCAACAGCAAGCUCUUCGAAUCCAUCGGAUGCCUCUCCCUCCGAUUCCGUCCUCCCCCCUCUCUGCGAGUCUCUCUCCCGCGCCCACGUCAGCGAUUUCCUCACCGUCCGAUCUUUAUAAGCCGACGACGCUGCCGCCGCCCGGCCCGCACUGCUGAGCUUCGCGAUGCCUACGACUCAAUCGGCAGAGCUGUCACAUACAUAUCCGUAAUGCCCGCGUCGGUCUGGGUGAGGCUGCCCCUGCCUACGCCAUACUGUCCAUCCCCGUUAAGGGUUUCGAGACUGGACUAG